UCUCAAUACUUUUAACGGUUUCCAAACACAGGAUACUCUGGACUCUAUAUUUAGAGGAACCACACAGCAAGUACUGAGUCUACCUCAAAACAGGGAGAGGUGGUUGAAUAAUUAUACAAGAGCAGUUGCAUGCAUGUGGAAAAUAGCAAAAGUGUAGUGAAACAAAAAAAGUGACAUCCGUUAAACAUAUGCUGUCUAGAAGUAUUCUCAGCUGGUUAGUGCUAUUGACCCUAGCUACUGUUACCAGGAGUGAGCACUAUCACAUUGUGCCAGUGGAUUCAACUGACUUGUGUGACGGAUAUGGAAAUGGAACUUGUUUCACUCUCGAGCAGCUUGUUCAAACAGACCUGUUAUCUGGUGGAGACAAUCUCACCUUGAGCUUUCUACCUGGAGAUCAUGUGUUAACUCAGCAAUUAUUGAUUCGUAACUUAUUACAUGUGCAAAUCACCGGCCAGAACACAAGUACAACUGUAGUUGGAUUCCAUAGCAAUGGUACGAUACGUUUUGUUAGUAUUACCAAAUUGAAUAUUGAACGCUUGGGUUUCGUUGGACCAAAUGUUGGACCACAAAACUCAUAUCAAGGUUUGAUCAUUGAUGGUGCCAAUGAUGUGUACAUGAAAAACUGCUACUUUUCGGACUUUGUAUUAGUCAAUCAGGCGGAAAACCACCACGUUAAGAUUACUAAUACUCCAACUGCAACAAUUGAGAGCACUCUCUUUAUGAACAACAUUGGUCGGGCACUGCACGUUGAGGCUGAUGAUGUGUACAUAACAAAUAGUGUGUUCACUAGAAAUGAUGGAGGUGCAGUUUACAUUCAAUCAAACAACGCACUGAUCAACAACACGGAGUUCAACUAUAACAGUGCUGGGAGUGGAGGAGCAGUAGAAGUGGUAUCUGGUACUGUAGUAAUCACUUGGUGUAACUUCACAAAUAACAAAGCUGUGCAGUUAGGUGGAGCCAUUAAUGUUACCUCAGGUAGUGUGUCCAUCUCCAACAGUGAGCUGACAAACAACAGUGCUGACUAUAAAGGUGGAGCGAUUAGUGUUGGCUCAGGUAGUAGUGUGUCCAUCUCCAACAGUGAGCUGACAAACAACAGUGCUGACUAUAAAGGUGGAGCGAUUAGUGUUGGCUCAGGUAGUAGUGUGUCCAUCUCCAACAGUGAGCUGACAAACAACAGUGCUGACUAUAAAGGUGGAGCGAUUAGUGUUGGCUCAGGUAGUAGUGUGUCCAUCUCCAACAGUGAGCUGACAAGCAACAGUGCUGGCUAUAAAGGUGGAGCGAUUAGUGUUGGCUCAGGUAGUAGUGUGUCCAUCUCCAACGGUGAGCUGACAAGCAACAGUGCUGGUUAUAAAGGUGGAGCGAUUAGUGUUGACUCGUAUGGUGGAGCGAUUGUUGUUGUUGGCUCAGGCAGUGUGUCCAUCUCCAACAGUGAGCUGACACACAACAGUGCUGACUCUUAUGGUGGAGCGAUUGUUGUUGCCUCAGGUAAUGUAUCCAUCUCCAACAGUGAGCUGACACACAACAGAGCUAAUAGAGGUGGGGUAAUUCAUGUCUUCCCAUCUUCCACCUUGAUCAUCAACAACACUAACAUUACUAAUAACAUGGCCAGUUUGAACAUUUCGCAAUCAAACGUAACAUUCACUGGAAUGAAUGUUGUCAGUAACAAUGGUCGUCCCAUUUAUGCUUUCAAUAGUCGAAUCGAGUUUAAUGGACCUACAACACUGAGUAACAAUCAUGGUGUGUUUGGUGGAGCUAUCAGCACUGACCAGAGUCAAAUAUUUAUUAACACAGAAGGAGUUAUCAUCACCAACAACACAGCUACCUACGGAGGAGGGAUAUUUCUGAGAGAGAGUACACUCGUUGUAAAUGUGCCAAUAAAGAUCUAUCACAACACAGCACAGGAUGGUGGAGGGAUUUAUGCAUAUUCUAGCAGAGUUGACUUCCAAUCAGUGCAGAUGGAAGAUGCAGAUGGUAAUCUAAUUCCUCCAAAUACACAGAGUGAGAUUGCUCACAACAUUGCUGAGAAUGGUGGAGGUAUACAUGCAAUAUCUUCAACUAUUAAACUAACUCAAUCACAUGUCAACAUUGACUCAAACACAGCUAACACAAGUGGAGGUGGAGUGUAUCUACAGCAAAGUUCGAAACUGUACCUAUUUAAAACGAAUAAAGAAAAUAAGACUCAGGAUCGAUUUGUUAAGUUAAUAAUUAACAACAACUUGGCUCAGUACGGAGGGGGAAUAUUUGUGGCAGAUAACACACAGAGUGGUGCCUGCAGAGGAGGGGCCACAGAAGAUGAUGCAACUCGAACUAUUUUUGCUGACUGCUUCAUUCAAACAAUUAAACUGUAUGAGUCCGGCUUGAAUGAGUCCCGCUCUGAUUCAAACUAUUUCAACACAUUCAUGACUGACAACACGGCUACGCGGUCAGGAGCAAACAUCUACGGAGGUCUGUUGGACAGGUGUACAGUAAGUCAAAAUGCUGAAUAUGAAUCUUCAAACGAAUUGGACUACAUAAAAAAAACUGUCAAAUCCUCCAUCGAGCCACUAUCAAUCUCCUCUAGGCCUGUUCAAGUAAUUUUAUGCAACUAUUCACAAUAUGACUAUGGUUCUACAAAAAAAGGACACACAUUUACAAUCAGUGUUAUGGCUGUUGACCAAGUUGGAAAUCCAAUGAAUGCCACAAUUCGCAGUUCUGUUGUCAGUGAGAGUGGACGUGAUCGUUUCAAAGAAGGACAGGCAAAACAUGAAAUUGGCAAUCAGUGCACAGAAUUAGAGUACAAUGUAUUCUCACAAGACAACUCCGCUCAAGUGGAACUCUAUGCCGAGGGUCCAUGCAACAAUAUGGGAAUUUCAAAACAACUUAUCAAUAUUUCUUUUGAACUCUGCACAUGCCCUAGUGGACUCAAACCAAUUCAGUCCGAUAUUGAGUGCAAGUGUGACUGUGAUCCAGAUUUGCAACAAGGAUAUCAGAUAACAAACUGUUCUGAGGAAAAUGGGACCAUAAAGCUGGAAAGUGAUAACAACAUAUGGAUAGAAGUCAUAAAUACCACCAACAAAACAUGGUAUGUCGUUAGCAACUGUACAUUUGACUAUUGCGUACAAAAACCAUUCAACAUUAGUCUAAGCAACCCUGACAAACAGUGUGCCUACAAUCGAAGAGGUGUCUUGUGUGGAGAAUGUGAACCAGGACUCAGUCUUGUGUUGGCUACGUCAAACUGUAAAGAAUGCUCUCAUCUUUACCUUCUUCUACUAAUACCAUUUGCGCUGGCUGGCAUAUUGCUAGUUGCUUUAAUUCUCGUGCUCAACAUCACUAUAGCAACUGGAAAUAUUCAUGGCCUCAUAUUUUACGCCAACAUAGUAGCUGCUAAUAGAUCAAUUUUAUUUCCUAGUUUAAACAACUUUUUAACAGUUUUUGUAUCAUGGGUGAAUCUUGACUUGGGAAUUGAAACAUGCUUUUACAAUGGAAUGAACUCUCAAGGGAAAGUACUCCUUCAACUUGUCUUUCCCGCUUACUUGUUUCUUCUAAUGUUUUUUAUUAUCAUUUUAAGCAAAUAUUUUGAUUCAUUUGCAAAGCUCCUCUCCAACAGGAACCCGGUUGCUGCCUUAGGCACACUCGUCCUACUCUCUUAUUCCAAACUCUUACGGUUUGUAAUUACUGCACUGCAAUACAGGGUCUUGGAUUAUCCUGAUGAUAUUAGUGAUAUAGUUUGGGUGAACGACGGUAAUGUGCAAUAUUUCACUCGCGAUCACCUCCCUCGGUUUGUUGCUGCAGCCAUAAUCCUCAUUGCCGGUGGAUUGUUUACUGUACUGCUCUUUUUUGGACAAUGGUUUCCACGCUGUUCCAAGGUUAUGACAUGGACGAAGAACACAAAGUAUAUAGGCUUCAUGGAUGCAUACCAUGCUCCAUUCACUCCCAAACAUCGCUACUGGGUGGGAAUGCUUCUCUUUGGUCUGAUUGCUCAUAAUCUAGUAGCUGCCAUGGCUCUCGACACUUACCUCCCUAUUCUAUCAUCUGGGGCUGUAUCAGUUGGACUGAUUGGAUGGAAACUAUUGAAUAAUCGUUUGUACAAAAGUAAAUUCUGUGGUUCCCUUGAAAGUCUCUAUCUACUCAAUAUUGCUACUCUAGCAUUUGGCACCUCUUAUGUCAAAGAUACGAAUAAAGAUCAGUCAGCACUAGCCAAUACUUCAAUGGCUAUAUCAUUUAUCUUAUUUGUGACAACCCUCUGCUACCAUUUUUACCAAUUCGUACUCAAAAAGAGCAAUACAUGGCUGAAGAUAGAGGACACCGUAAGGAACUUACGAGCUGGUGCUGCAGACAUGAGACUCCGACGAGCUAACAAUGCCCGGGGAAUGUAUCAGCUGGUAGCUGAUGAAAAUGAUGAAGAUGAAUUACUCGAAGCAGUAGACGACUAUGAACAAAGAGACGCCUUGAACCCACCUUACACUGAUGGAGCCGUGGAAGAAGCUGACCCUGAUCGCUACAUCACUCCUCCCAUCAUCAGACCAGCCACGAGGCCGGACCAGCUGAGACUAUCCUACAUGGAUGAUCUAGCCCCCCUCACCACAGAGGACUACAGACCAGCCUCUCCCCACCCAAGAGUCAACCAUCGUCCUGCUGUUACACACACAGAAAUCGGCCCCAUACGUAAUGAAGUGUGAACUGUUUUAUUUAGCUGAGGCACCUUAUCGUGUAAAAAGUAACAUUUGUAACAAAAAUAACAUUUGUAGGCAUUGUUAGUUCCAACAGUUACUGUCGUUAGCACUUGUUUAUGUCACUAUAGUUUAAAGAGAGAUAUGCUUUUUUGUAGAUUCUUGUAGAUUUAUUUUUUG